CGGAAGUAGCGCGACAUUUAAAUCUCACUGCAGAUAACCGGACCCGGGGACGGAUGAGCGGGCGCGGCGGCCGGGGGCAGGCGACUGACGGUAAUGAACUGGCGACCUGACGUUCUAGAUGUUACAAGACACAGAGCGGAGCUCAUCAGCAUGGAGGCAAUCCAAAACUGCGCAGACUGAAGAGGAGACACGACGUCUCCUCCAGGAAUUCGCUGAGCAAAAACGUAAGGAACGGCAAAAGGACCCAGAAAUGAACCGUGUGAAGAACAAGUACAGGUUAAGGGCCCCGGCUUAUCCCUUACCCAGGAAUGUUCUCUGUACUGGGAAGCAGCUUCCGCGUACUCCGGGUCCUGGGAUUUUACCGCUUCUGCCAUCUCAGAUUUUUGAGCCAAGAACGGAUGAGGAGUCGUUCAGUUCAUGUGCAGUGAAAACCACUGACAACACAGUCCCGUCUGGUCGUCAGCUGCCACGGACUCCGAUAAAAGACAAUGUAUUGAGGGAAGUUCAGGGGAACGUAAAAGAAGGCGAAACUUUAAAAAGCACAACUAAAAACGUAGUGGACGGGGGCAGCGCCGUGAUCUGUGAUGCAGCAGAAGGCAAAAUAGCAAGAAGUAAAGGCAGUGAUGAAAACGGUGAAGUUCCUGGAGCAUCUGAAGUAGUUUCAGACCUGGAGAACUUGUCUUCUGCUGGUGGCAUGAUGACCGCGCAAAAGGUGAUGCCAGGCGGAGAGAAAAGGUCAUCAGCGGGGGGCUGCUCACAAACUACAUUGAGUGAACAGGACACGCGGAGUCUCCUCCAGGUGUAUGCUGAGCAAAAACGUGAGGAACGAGAAAAGGAUCCAGAAGUAAAACGUGUGAAGAACAAGUACAAGUUAAAAACCCCGGCUUAUCCCUCCCCUGGGAAUGUCCUCCAUACUGGAAACCAACUUCCAUGCACACUGGAUCCUCGGGAUUUACCCGUGGAAGCCUCUCAGAUGUUUGAACCAGACCUAGAGAACCUCUCCUCAAGGGGUGGCAUGUUGACCAUGCAGAGGGAAUCAAUAAGUGAAGAUACUGACGCCUUCUGCAGGCCAGUGGUACAGAACAAUAGGAGGAUAAGUGAAAUGCCUGUCCGAGGAUUAAAUCAGAUGCGUAUAUCAGGUGUGCUGAAGAAGAUGGCCGGCUAUGAGUAUCGGAAUGAGGACCUAGAAUUUCUAAAGCAUGUGGAAAACCAGGAGAAAGCUAAAGUGUUAAAGAAAGAACUACUGUGUCUAAGGAAAGAUCUCGCAGCCACAAAGCAAGAAAAUGAAUUGGUCUUGGCCAAGAGGGAGAAGAUUGAAGAAGACAUUGAGAAGAUGAAUCUUUCACGGGCUAGGACUGUGGAGCUGGGGAGGGGGGUGCUGAGCAGCAUGCAGGAGCCGACCAGCAUUGCCGAUCUUUCCCCCGAUGACGUGCUCAAGCAGCUGAACUUUAUGACCAUUCAAAAUGUGAAUCAGCAGACGAGACAACAACUUGCGGCGGCUGAGAAAGAACUUGCAAGAAGACAGGAGGACGCGGCCAACAGAACGAGUCUGGGUGAAAAUCACAAGAGAUCCUUGACUUUGAAGUUGGAGUCCUCUGAGCAGCACGUCAAGGAGGUACAAUAUAGAAUCCAGCAGCUGAAGGAAGAAGUGACCACCCUGAGGGCGCAGAUCAAACGUUCAGAGGAAAAUAGAUCUGAGCUAGAGGCAAGUAUCCAGUUAUCUAUCAUCCCUCAUAGGUGCACAGGACAGUCGUUUCGCCAUUGGCUGCCGACGUUGGACGCCUGGUCUCUCCUUUAG